GACACAGGCGUUAGUACAACAACACGAGGACGUGAUUCACUUCCGAGGGCAGAAAGCUGCAAACACAAGACUGCAGAUCCAGGCAGACUCAUUCACAGAUUCCCUAUGAAGAUCUGAAGAUGAUAAUCCUGCUCAUGCGGUUUGAAUGUGAGCUGAAUGUGACGGGUGAUCGGUGAAUCACUCCUUGGGCCUCUGCUCAGGAAACACCGCGGAUGAGACUGAGGCCUGCUUGAUCAUGGCUGAAGAUCCUCAGAGGAACUUCCGCUCGGCGUAUUAUGAGAAAGUGGGAUUCAGAGGAGUGGAGGAGAAGAAAUCCCUGGAGAUCGUGCUGAAGGACAAUCCCCUGGAUGUGGAGAAGCUGAGCACGUUCAGUCAGAGGUUUCCGCUGCCCUCCAUGUACCGGAUCCACGUGUGGAAAGUCUUACUGGGUAUCCUGCCCCCCCACAGCGACUCUCACGCGCUGGUGUCCCGCUGUCGCCUCCAGCAGUUCCAGGACAUCAGCGCCGCUCUGACGGCCAUGCGCUUCACACACACACACACUCCUCAGACCGAGCUUUACCUGCGCAUGUACCAGCUGGAGAACCAGAAGCUUCCCCGGCGCAGCGAGCCCAGGCCUGCGGACGACGAGGACGAGAACUUCCUGGCCAUCAGCCGAGCGAUGGAGGAGAUCGUGGACGACCCGGUGGACUGCUACUGGCUGGUGCGCUGCUUCCUCAACCAGUUCAAGCUCAAGUUUGGAGACUCCAUCCCUCACCUGCCGAAGAGUCUGGAGCACUUCCUGUCUCAGGAGGACGCGUGUCUUCUGGCUCACCUGAAGGCGUCCGGCUCUCUGCACUCGCUGCCGUACCGGCUCUGGUUCAGACGCUGCUUCGCCGGGUGUUUGCCGGAGUCCAGCCUACAGAGGGUGUGGGAUAAAGUGAUCAGCGGCUCCUGUAAGAUUCUGGUGUUUGUUGCCGUGGAGAUUUUGCUCAGUUAUAAGAUCCUGCUGAUGGGAAUCAGUCACCCGGAUGGAGUUUACAACUUCCUGUCUAACAUCUGUUGUGUUUCUACAGCUGCCCCAGGACAACACCGACGCCAUCGUCACCAAAGCCAUCGACCUGUGGCACAAGCACUGCGGGACGCCCAUGCACGCGGUGUGAGACGACAGGAGGCGCACAGAUGUGUGUGUACUCAUCCUUUAUUAGGCUCCUUUACAUCAGAAUCUGCACACAUCGUUCAGGAGUGACAGUACGUUACACCACAUGCUC